AUGAGCUUUGUAACAGCCGCAGAUGUUCCAGUGAGAGUCGUAUCUGAUAAUGCUGCUGCUGAACGCCGUAUCACACCUUCAUGGACCAUCGCAAUCCUGAAAGCAAAGCUGGAGACAGUUACGGGAAUCCCACCAUCUUCGCAGCAACUCACACUGCGUCUACCGCAUGCACCUCAGCCUAUUCCCAUCUCGAGCCACGAUGAGGAGACUACGCAAAUUGCCAGCUUUCCUCUUCAGCCUUACGUUGAAUUACACGUUGCCGAUACACGCCCGCUAUCUGCUCGUCCCAACUUCCAGGACCUUUCCGCAGUCGAGAAAUACGUAAUGCCGGUGGACGAGUACGACAAACUCCAGGAUUCCGUUCUGGCAUGGAAGCGAAGAAAUAAGCUUGGUCGAUUCGACCCCAACAAGGAUGAGAAGGAACAGCAGGAGCUGAAUCGUCAGUACGAAGAAGUUGAGGCAAAAAAGAUCGUCGUCGGUGCGCGAUGCCGGGUGGGUGGCGCGGAUUUGGACCGCCGGGGUACCGUUAGGUAUGUCGGAGAGGUUAAGGAGAUCCCUAAUGGCGGAGUUUGGGUGGGUGUGGAGGCCGAUGAACCAACGGGUAAAAACGAUGGCUCUGUCAAUGGAGAGUACUACUUCAAGUGCCCACCAAAACACGGCUCUUUCGUGAGACCAGACCGUGUUGAAAUUGGUGAUUUCCCGGCUGUUGAUGACCUUGGUGAUCUGGAGGAGAUCUGA